UCCUCACAGCCUCCGGGGAGGGGUCAAAACGGUUCAUCGAACCCCUCAAAAAACGAUGAUUCAGGCUCUGGUGCAGAAACUCCAUCCCGCAGACGUAUCCAAAAGUCCGCAUCUACAACCUUUCAUACCUUGGAUACAUCAAGCAAUCCCGAACAUCCGAGCUCGAAUGGUCAACCUCCCAGUUUAUCAAAUCGGAGAAGGAUGUCCAUUCGAGGUCAACAACCUCCUCAGGGGCCCCGUCCACCACAGGAUGCUUCGCGCUGGAACAAACAAAUCGGCAGCACAUAUCUUCACUCGCAAAACUCGUCUAUCGACUCAGCGAACGGGUCAACCAAAAGUUAUAAUCUCCGAUCAACUAGCAUGGGAAACCUGGCGAAGAUAGCACCCACUCAACCCUCCUCGGAGAAUCUGGACUUUCUUGCGCCUAUCAACUUUGAUGACUUUCACAAUAGCAUCAUGACAGAAGCCAGCUUGAACCACUUUCCCCUGCCUGGAAAGGGCGGGGCGGGGUCUGAAAAUCGAGAUUCGGGGUUGUCAACGAACAGCUCUUGGACAAACCACAGCUAUGAAAGUCAAAUCUCGGAUCGCACUCGAGGAACAUCUCGCCGCAAAAGUGAGGUUGCACGCUCUAUAGGUCAAAAUCCUGCGAACCCGCCUCUAUCAGUCACAUCUUCCAAUACACGAGCGCGUCGUCAAAGUCUCGCUCAGUCGCAGCCUUCGAGUGGGACUAGUGCUGUUCCGCGAGGUUCCUCACGAAAGUCGAUCAGCUCUGGCGCGUUUGCUCACACCAAUGCGUCCGCCAGGCGCGCGAGUUUGAGUAUGCGUAAUAAAGUCGGUAGUACUGACAUUCGACCGGGUUCUAAGGAUUCAAACACUUCAAGAACCUCAAGAGAUUCAGCCAACCUCCCUUUUCAGCGGGUUCCGCCGUUGGAGACAAAUAAAGAUGAAUCAAAAGUCCCUUUUUCAGUGAGAAGUCAGAAGGCAAAAUCUUUCCAGCCGACUGCACAUCAACCGCGUGGUCCCUAUUUAACUACGUCUGAAACAACCGAUCUUGCUCGAUCUUCCUCAACAGAUGCCGUUCGCACACCUAGUAAAGACACACAAGGGGAAGCAGGGAUCAACUCCAAGCGCAUGUCUGUUAUGCCGCAUGCAACAGGCUUGGGCGCCCGUACAAUUAGCCCAACUGACGCGCGACGUAUGAAACGGAUGUCAAUUGCUCCUCCCGCGCCUCCUAUACCGCAAACUCCACCUACUCAGACGGAACCCCUGCCGGUCCAAACUUUAUCAACCACUCAAUCUCCCUCCUUUCUACCGAGAAAGAGUGUCACACCUUCCUCCAAUAGAACAACCCCAGACCCUAACCGAAAAUCAUACAGCUCCGGUAUUUCUUUGUCGUCAAAUACGAGCUACAACUCUGUGCGAAACUCUGGAAGCUCGCUUCAGCCGCGCCUUUCACAGAACUUUUCAUCUUCACGAUUGCCUACACCCAAGCCUCGCACAGAUCAAUCAGCAAAUAAUACAGGAGAAGAGGUCCCCCCUGUUCCCGCCAUUCCCAAAGCAUAUGAGUCCCCCAAGGGCGAGUUUGAGGGGCCUAUGUUUCCUUCUGUACAAAGAAAACCCAGUUUGCCAGUUGAUAUUAGUCUUCUGAGUAUUGCACAACCUCAAGAUUCGGAACAUAACAGCCUAUCAAAUACCUCAGGUGAUGACAAUAAUGACCUGGCUCACCAAACUCCCAAAACACCAGAGGCACGAACGCGAACCUCUACGGUUCUGGGUCGCAAAGGUUUACAGCCUCUCAAGCUGCCACCUUUGAAUCUUCUGCCCCUGGGAACUCCAAUGGCCGCAAAGAUCGAGGCCUUGAAGGAUAGGGACAAUGAACGAAAAUCCUACACCCCGCAUCAUCUUCUAUCGAAGACUCCGAGUACACCAAUGACCGCAUCCAAAGCCAAUUUCUGGGCUUACGAUGACGACGACGGCAGGAUUUCUGCCAAUCAAUUACGGAGCAGUACCUCUCAUUUCGCAAUGAGCUCUAACUCCACAGCAACACUGCGAGCGAACAGCAGUCCCUUCGAUACGCUUAAUGGUACCGGCAAUAUUUCCCCAUACGCGUCGUACGCCUUAGCGAAGGAGAAUCCCGAGUUCAAUACUCUCCGUCAACAGGCGGCCAGUGGAGACUACUCCCCUGGUGCUCCUCAUCCGCAGAAACUGGCUGCUUCGCGACCUCAAACGCAGAGUGCUAUCUUCACACCCUCUACGGAAAGUCUUGGUCAGAUCUCAACACCAUCCGAGCCAGAGAGUCCCGCCGUAUCUAGCACGUCUCUUCGAGAUCGUUUGAAUGUGGCACGAAUCCGGAGCAACUCUAAGCCGAAACAGGCAUUGGAAGUCGAUACGGAGUCGGUAAAGUACAACGGCAUGCCGCCACCUAAGAUUCCCGCUUCUGCAACCUGGAACAAUCUGUCUCUUGGAAAAUCAAGCAGCCCGAGUCACAAAUCCCAUCAUCUCAAUACUCGACGCAAGUCAUCAGCCUCGAGUGUCACACUGCCAGUCACCACCUCACAGAAGCCAAGUACUGGCAGUGAACAAAAUAUUACCCUGAAACCCAGUCCUUCUAACGAUUCCACCGGAAGCGAUCAGUCAAGUAAGCGUUCCGCUUCAAAGUAUGUGUCUUCGGUUCAGAAGAUGAUUAGCACUGCUCGUUCUAGUCCAGCCGCCUCUUCUCGGGCGACGACUGACAGUAGUGGUGUGGAUGCCGAUAUCGUGGUUGCAGAUGAUGAGAUGAGGAGACUAGGAUCCAAGCGGAAGGAUUUCGAAAAGGCAGCGAAAUCGUUGGACGAGCUACGUCACAAGGCCGGGCCGAAGGAUCGAGUCAGUCCUGCUGCUGCCCUCAAGAUGGCUAAUCUGAAUAUCUUCGAGCGUGGUGAAAUCAUUGACUACAGAGAUGUUUUCUUCUGCGGCACCCAAAACGCAAGGAAACAUGUAGGGGAUCUCCACUCCGGUGCUGCCAACUUUGGGUACGACGAUGAUCGCGGUGACUAUAACAUUGUGAAUGGCGAUCAUCUUGCAUACCGUUACGAGGUUGUUGAUCUUUUGGGCAAGGGAAGCUUCGGUCAAGUCGUAAGAUGCGUUGACCAUAAGACUGGUGCUCUCGUUGCAGUGAAGAUCAUCCGGAACAAAAAGCGAUUCCACCAGCAGGCUUUGAUCGAAGUCAACCUACUCCGCAAGUUGAAGGACUGGGAUCCUGAAGGUCGCUACAGCGUGGUGAAGUUUGUGGAAAAUUUUUAUUUCCGUGGUCAUCUCUGCAUCUCGACUGAACUACUCGGCAUCAACCUUUAUGAGUUUAUCAAGGCACACGACUUCCGUGGCUUCAAUCUUAAGCUCAUUCGCCGUUUCACGAAGCAAAUGCUCAGCAGUCUUGUGUUAUUGCAUGCAAAGAAGGUCAUUCACUGCGAUUUGAAGCCGGAGAACGUUCUUCUUGUUCAUCCGAUGAGUUCUGAGAUUCGUGUUAUUGACUUCGGAUCGAGCUGUUUUGAGAACGAAAAGGUCUAUACCUACAUUCAGAGUCGAUUCUACCGUUCUCCUGAAGUCAUUCUUGGAAUGUCUUACGGCAUGCCCAUUGACAUGUGGAGUCUUGGCUGUAUCAUGGCUGAAUUAUUCACCGGUUAUCCGAUCUUCCCUGGCGAGAAUGAACAGGAGCAGCUGGCCUGCAUUAUGGAAGUCUUUGGACCUCCCGAGAAACACUUAAUUGAGAAGAGCACGCGCAAGAAGCUUUUCUUCGAUUCCUUGGGUAAGCCGCGACUGACUGUCUCCUCCAAAGGACGACGUCGCCGCCCCAGCACCAAGGAACUCCGCCAAGUUCUUAAAUGUGACGAUGACGCUUUCCUCGAUUUCAUUACCCGCUGUCUUCGCUGGGAUCCGGCCCGACGAUUGACUCCGCACGACGCUUUGAAGCACGAAUUCAUCACCGGUGUCAAGUUAGUCUCUCGACCCCGGAUGUACACCGCAACGAACUCUCCGGGUAAGCGCAGCGCCACGAUUUCCUCUACUGCGCGGCCACUUCCCGAACCCCCCGCUUCGAAGCCUGGACCAUUCCUUCGCCAUCGCGAGAUGUCGACUCAUUCUCCAGUCAAAGGGAAGCGCGUCUCGACUAUGAGCGGUCUUCCUCCAUCCAGCCCUGCUAAGCGAACGUCAAACAAUUCCACCACAUCUGCGACUGCGCUGCCUCGUGCUUCAGCAAGGAGCAUCAGUGGUAGACCUGACCUCGCAACUGCGGCGGCUGCAACAAGCUUAGUGAGUACAAAAAAGCGCUGGGAUCUGGGAACUUGA